CUUCAACUCCGGCCCUCGAAAUUUAUCGGUCGCAGUCCCAGCUCAGCCGCGACGGCAUCAGCUACAGCUACCGCUACCCCUGGCGCAAUUGACCCGACAGCAUUGUAUCUUGACGUUUGAAGCGAGCAGCAGAGCUCGCGCCCCCCCGACAGUCAAGAUGGUGAACCCAGGCAAGCGCAUGAACAUAUUGAAGGCCCUGCUGGACUUGCGGCAUGGCCCUGGUGCAGCGAUAUUACCCCCCGAGAUCACGCGGAUACACAUGAACUUUGCGAUGCGAUGGAAUGAGGGACACUUUGGACCGAGGAAAUUCUGGAAAUCAUGCCUUCCUCGCUUAAAGUUUUGGAAUCCCGCGAUUCCCAUGUUAAUAAACCGUCACACCGACCAGUCCGCAUCUGCGACAAUGUCCAUCUACUUCCGACAGAGCGAAGCCGAAGCCGCUGUGCUGAAACCCAACCCGUUACCACUCGCACAGCAGCCCCAUUCGAGCACGACAAACGAGACACCGGCCCCCGCCCCGGAAGAGGGAGAGAGAGUAGUCACCAUUGAGAUGAAGAACCAGCACUCAGAUGCCAUCCUGGCCGAGUUCCUACACAAAACAGGCGCCACCUUGAUACACCCUACGGCAGAAGAGAGAUCGGAGAUGGUGCAGAUCGAGGAGCUCCGGGAGAAGGGUGCUGUAGACCGUGCCAUCAUGAAGAAGUGGCUCGACACCAAGAGGGCCGAGGAGAGGAUGCUGUCGAGAGCCAAGGAGGAGGCAGAGGCCAUCAGGUUGGCCAACCAAUAGUCGGAUUCUUCGAUCGUGGGAAACCAAGACACUUGAAGCUCGUUACGAGCCAUGUACCACUGCAUAAUGCCUACGCGCAUUGUAGAUAUAGGCGCAGCUGCGCAGAACCUGUUGUAUAAUUGAAACAAAUGAUACAAAUGAUACAAAUGAUACAAAUGAUACAAA